AUGGAACAGAUCAACGAGACGGCAAAUGCUGUUUCCUCGUACAGGAUACGUCUCGAUUCUCACGGGAAACUCACGACCUCCGAUGAAUCUGGAUCUUUCAGUCCAUUGUUCUCUCCAGUUUCGUCCUUGGGCUGGCGAUUGGGCGUUAUGCCACGCUCGGUGGCGGCAAAGGGCAAAAAGAUGAAGUUCCAUAAGAAACUCUCACGCUACCCCGAGGAAAACUACCUAGACGUUUAUUUCGAUCCGUCUGGGGUGGACAUCUCGCUUGGCCCACUUACGAUUGAGAUCGAUGUAAGCGUCGAGGGUGGGAUGUCCUCCUACCCAUCUCCCAGUACACCGUCUUGGACCAGGGUCGAGUCGGAAGCGCAGGUAGCUCUUCCGAGUUGCACGGUCGAGGUCGGGUCCUGGCGUAUGGACGGAUGUGAUCCCAACGCGCUCAUCACCGUCAGGUGCACGGUGACGCUUGGGGCUCUGUCGACCGCUUCUAUCACUGGCAUGAAGCAACCUGCAAUCGUCUCGCGAUUUCAGAGUGGCUUGGAGAGCUCUAUCCACACCGGUAACUUCAUCGAUACCAGGUUUUUCGUGUUCUCUCGACGCGACCGUUCGGGGAAGCGCGCACCUUACUUCGACACCCUCUUGUCGGCCGACGGGUUUUCAGAAUCAGUUGAAGGAAUAUUAGGCUCACAAUUUCCAGCUAACGAGCAGCCUUCUACCGACAAUUACGACUAUGAGUCAGAUAGUGACUUGGAGGAUGAUCUAGAAGAAGACGGUCCGGAGAAAUCCGACGCGGCAGCUGUAGAAGGAGAAGGUCCUGUCGAUGGCGAUAUGGGUCAAGUGAACGGCAAAACUGGCCUUGACAAGGAGUUCGAGAAUUUAUUGGAGCAGGACACGAGUAGAGCCUCCGACUCCUGUACCAAAACUGUGGACAUCCCAGGAAGGGUACACGGAUUGCACGGACCACUAGGCCGUACCAUCGUCGUAAAGGAUACCGCACUUCGCACUUUCACCGCCUUGUUGCGCUAUUUCUAUGUCGGUGAUAUCAACUUCGCGCCUCUUAAGUCACAGCACGUCGAGGUCAUUCAGGAUAUCAAUAAGUCCUUGAACGAAACCCACCCAUCCUGCUCGCCGAAGUCGAUGUAUCGCUUGGCAGACAAGCUCGAUCUGCAGGAUCUCAAGAACAAAUCUUUCGAAGCUCUCCGGUGUAGGCUAUCUAAAGAUAACAUCGUGGAGGAAGCUUUCUCGAAGUUCACAUGGACAUACGACGAAGUGCGUGAUAUGGAGGUGGAGGCACUCUGCAAGUUCUGCAAGUCCGCUGACGGCGAUGAAGUGAUGGAUAAGGUGAAACAGUUCAUGUCGACGGCGCCGGUGGAGGAUUUCAGGCGUUCGAUGGAGCUAGUAUCCCUGCUCCUCCCGUUGCUGGUUCAGAGGGAAGGAACGGCGACUCUUCCGACGUCAUCACUUCUUCAUCCGGUUCCUACAUCGCCAUUUUGA